AUGUUUAAAUAUUUGGUUUUUGUUGCCUUAGUUGCCUACACGUUAGCUGAACACCACGCUUCUUCUUACGCAUCGUUCAACAAUCAUGUAGAUCAUAGUUAUCACCACGAUGAUCACCAUGACCAUCACGAACCACAUCACCAUCCAAAAUAUGAAUACAAAUAUGGUGUUGAAGACCAUCAUACCCAUGAUAUGAAAUCUGCCGAAGAGGAACGCGACGGCGACGUGGUUAAGGGAUGGUACAAAUUGGUGCAACCUGAUGGCAAAAUCCGAGUUGUUCAUUACACCGCCGAUAAGCAUAGUGGAUUCAAUGCGGAUGUUAAAUAUUCGGGACAUUAUUAA